AUGACGAGCUACGAUAAAUUUUCAUCAUGGGAGAAUUGUAGUCGAUAUCCUUAUGUCGACAGAGUGUCCGUAGUAGGAGCGAAAGAAGGGGAUAAGGUUGACUUUAUCUAUCAAUUUGUCAAGAAAAGAUUUGUUCCUGUGGAUCACGAGAAUUUUAGCAUAUUUCAUACUGCUCCUGAGAUAAUUGGGCCGCCGAAAUUUCAACAUUACGGAAAAUUAGUGGAUUUAUCAAUCACGUUUAAUGAUUUUCAUAUGAUUCAGGAUGGUACUGGUGUUUCAAUAUCUCCGUGGCGAAAAAAAGAUAUUUUGAGACCGGAAGAUAAACAGUUGAGACAUUCCGAUUUUUAUGCAACAAACGACAAAAGAUGUAUCGAUAUCGAGUUUGACGAAGCUGUAUAUCCAAUUAGAGUUUGUAUUUACGAAAUAUGUACGCCUGGAAGCGUACGUCAAAUUUCGGCUCAAGAUUCUAAUGGGUCGUGGCAUGAAUUGUGGAGCGUUUCUCGUUAUCAGUAUUUCUUGCAUGAUAUACCCCCGCAAUCAAGAUUAUUCGUUCCACCAUUGUCGCCGCUGUCGUGUACUAUAAAAACCAAGAUGCUCAGAAUAGUGUUUGAAGGCAAUUGGCAGAUUUCUUACACAAAGCUAGACGCCGUGAUGCUCAUCGGUACAUCGAAAUUGAUCCAUUCUAGAAAUCCCAAUGAAAGUUUAAUGGAUAUGAUAAAAAAAAUAAACUCCAUGUACUAUCCACAUUGCAACAAUGUUUAUUAUAAUUUUACGGAAGAUUUAAAUAGUAUACAUUUGGAUAUAGCUUAUCUGCAACAAAAUUUUCAACAUUAUUGCAACAUUUCUAAUAGAUGUAAACAUUUGCGACAAUUAGAUGUCACAGGAUGCACAUAUACAGGCAAAAAUAUGGCAAGCUUUAUUAAGAAAUGCGGUAGUCGUUUAACGCAUUUAAGACUCAGUGACGAGCGUUACGAUGCACAGGUUAUACGAACGAAUAGCAAUAUCGAUUUAAAAGUUGUCCUACGUGCAAUUCCAAACACGUGCACAAAUUUGAAAGAAUUGGAUCUCAGUUAUUGUUACGUGGAAGAUGAAGGAUUUUCAUAUCUUGAGGAGCUAAAUACCUUGGAACAUUUAAAUCUUUUUAAUACUAUUAUAAGUUACGAACGUCUUUGCAGAAUAUUGCAAAAUAAUCAACGGAUGCGUGAGUUAUCGGUUGAGCGCAUAAACGAUGCAGUUCUAAUAGAGUUGGGGACGUCGUGUCGCAAUUUAGAAGUAUUAUCAUCAUCAUUCGGCCCAAGGCAUAUUACAUCUCGGGGUAUUAAUGCUCUCGCCAACUGUACAAAGUUGGAAAGAAUAAAAUUCAAUCUGUAA